AUGUCGUUCAUACCGAGAAGAAUAUUCCCAGAAUAUUUACUUACGUUAUCUAAUUUCAAAGGCCAUCACCAAAAAGCAUUAACGAGACUAGGGCAUUUGGCUCCGCAAAUCGAUUUGGUUAUUGAAGUGAGGGAUUCAAGAGCUCCAUUAUCCACCACAAAUGUUUUAUUUGACAAAGUAUUAGCCAGAAAGGAAAGAGUUGUUCUAUAUAGUAAAAAAGAUCUUUCGAUAAUAAAGAAUUCAAUGCUAAAGAAAUGGCAUGAGUCUCAAAAUCAACAAUACAUGUUUAUUGAUUCCCGUAGUGCUAAUGAUGCUCAAAGAGUUAUUGAUUUAGUCAAAAAAAGAUAUGAAAAUUUGCCUUUACCUCCACCGUUAGGACUAAGAUUAAUGAUUAUAGGAAUGCCUAAUGUGGGUAAAUCAACAUUGGUGAAUACUUUGAGAGAUGUAGGGUAUAGUUCUAAACAAAAUACUAUAUCUAGUAAAAAGAAGAAGGUUGCAAAGACCGGUGGUCAACCCGGGGUCACAAGAAAUACGAGUGAAAUCAUUAGAUUGAGUGAAAGUCCAGAUAUACUUGUUUACGAUACUCCCGGAGUCUUUUUACCGACUGUUAAAGAUAGUGAAACGAUGUUGGCGUUAAGUUUAGUUGGAUGUGUUCAUACAUCUUUUGUUGAUCCGGUAAUUCAAGCAGAUUAUUUAUUGUACUUGUUAAAUCUCCAAGAUCCUACUGGAUCAAAAUAUUCAGAAUACAUGUCACAUCCUACAAAUGAUAUUCAUGAGUUAUUAUAUAACAUUGCUAAAACCAGAAAUACUUUAAAGAAUGAUAAAUAUGAUGAGUUGGGUGUUGCUACUCAUUGGACUAAUCUUUGGAAGCAAGGGAAAAGUAAAAAAUAUAAAGGAUUAUUCGAUUUAGGGGCAAUUCUUGAUUUGAAUGGAGAAGAAUUAAAGAAGAUGUUUAAAGAAGAACGGGAAAGAAUUGGGUGA